AUGACUGUGUACGUUGUUGGCGGGCCUGCGGGCACUGGCAAAACCACCAUUGGCGAGCGGCUUGCCGCUACCUUAAAAUGCCCGUUUGUCGAGGGGGACUCGCUCCACCCUCAGGCCAACAUCGACAAGAUGGGUGCCGGACAUCCGUUGACCGACGACGACCGAUGGGGGUGGCUCGAACAGGUGGCGCUCGUCAGCGCUAAAGCCGCCCACGAAGCGCCUUCAGAUACGGCAGUGGUGCUGUGUCUGAUCCUCAAAAAGAGCUACCGGGACUGGAUCAGACAAAAGCUGCCCGCCACCCAGUUUGAGAUGGUGUUCUUAUACUGUCUGUACGACGAGUUGGUCCAGCGGGUUGCGGGGCGCCAGGGCCAUUUCAUGAAGUCGGAUAUGGUCAAGAGUCAAUACGAUAUCAUGGAGGUGCCCCACGGCGAAGCCCACGCGUUGCCUGUGGAUACCACGGGUAAGUCACCGGAUGAGAUCAUGACUGAAAUUGAAAAGGCAUACUCGCUCAAUUAG